AUGACAGAAGAGAUUGAUAGAUUUAAAAAUACUUUAGAGAUAAUUUAUAAUGUAGAAUCAAUUGAAGAAUGUAUAGAUUUAUUAUACAAUAAGAUUAUAGAAUGUUCAGAUGUAAUGAAUGCAGAAUUGGAGAUUACAAGAGAAGAGGUUGUAUCGUGUUAUGAUAUUGUCGAAAUACUAGACAAGAGGUUUUGUACACCCGAUGAUGAUCAACACCUAGUUCAAGAUUACAAAGUAUUUGUUACUUGUUGGAUACUUACAUUGGCCAUACUCAAUCGAUUAAAGGAUUACUGUGGUCACCAUAAAUCAAAAGAUAGAAAACAACUUUUACAAGAAUUAAAACAAAGAGAAAAGGUUCCCGGUCAACAAUUACAACUAUUUCUAAAAUAUAGAUCAUUUAAAGAUUUGCCCGACCUUUUCUUAUUAUAUGAUGAUCAAGAUAAUGAAUCAUUUAAUGAAUCAGAAUUAUCAAAUCAAUUAAUUCCUUUUUUAAAUCAUACUUUUACAUUAUUACCAAUAAUGUUGGAGGAUAUAAAGGAUGAUAAAAAACAAUUAUUUUCAUUGAUUGGAAUUAGAGGUUUAUUUUAUAUUGGAAAUGGUUGGAAUUGUCAUGGAUUCAUUGUAAAUGUUGAACCAUUGAUGACCAUCUUUAAAGAUUCUUUUGAUUCUAUUCUAUCAAAUCAUAAAGAUACAAAAUAUAUUCAUUUAAUUUGUAAUAAUGUAUCAAGAUUAAUAGCAAAUUUAACAUUUAGAGAAAAGAUGAAAUUAAUGACAUUAUUAGAAAAGGAUCAAGAGAUGAUAACAAAUGAACAUUUAAAAUUUCUUGGUGGUAUAUUUGCAAAUCAUCAACAAGAGAAUCUAGAGUUGGUAUUGGAAUAUUCAUUGUUGAUUGUUGGUAAUUUAACUGCAACCAAGGUUGAAUGGAGAGAUACAUUAGUGCACGAGUAUGGAUUGAUGGAUCACAUUUAUGACAUGAUGGACAAGAAAGCAACUCAACUAGACUAUAUAACAUCAUUUUUUACAGAUAUCACAUCGAUUGAACCACCAUUGGAUUGGAAUGUAGUUGAAAUUAUGUGCGAGUAUGCAUGUCGAAACUUUAUGUCUGACAAGAAAUGUACAAGAGAUUUUUGUCUGUUUUUACAAAACAUUACAUUACAUCCAGACUCUACUCUAGCUAUUAUUAGACAAUAUAGGUUGGAUCAAUAUAGUAUAGAUACAUUAAAUCAAUUGACCAAACAACUAUUGGAUAUUAGUGAAAAGGGAAAUAGCAUCAUUCACGAACAAACGGAAGAAUAUUUACUAGAAGUGGUGGAUGACUUGCUGUUGACCAUAUUCAAUGUAAAUAGUCUACACACCAACAAUAAUAUUUAUACAUUUGAUGCCACAAUUGACAUUCUCAAACGGUUGUUACAAUCAUCUUCACAAAACUAUCGUAUCAUGUAUUUGGUACUAUACACUCUAUACGAUGUAUCAAAAACAGCUUCGAUUGAAAAGAUACUUGCCUGUCACAUUACUCAGCAUCUCACCAAACUCGUAUUAGACUAUGCAUCGGUUAAAUGUGUCGAUCAGACACAAUCGGGAAAUGACGUCCCCGUCGACAAACAAUUUCAAGUCGACGAUUUCAUAGCACAACAUUUAAUAUUUAAUGUUCGGGGAUUGGUCGACCAGAUACUCUCGGACGAUCAGUUUAAACAAUUGACCGAACAAGGUCUACUAUUGCUCUACUGUCAAUUACAUAAAUCCAUUGUAACAGAUGAGACAUUUGCACUUUACGACGAUUGUUUCAAUGUCCUAGCCAACCACAACCUAGAACCUCAUACCACCCAACUUCUCAAACAACAUCUAUUUCAACUCGAUUUUCAUAAUACCAUUUCGAAAAGUAAACCUUCAAAUCUUCAUCAUAUUAGAAAUUUCCUUUUAGAAUGA